AUGGAGGGAGAAAGGCGAUGUAUACAAUGCCAUGGCUUACAGCCCCUAGACCAGUUCAUUCCCAAGAGAAAAUCAGAAUGUCGUGAAUAUAGUGCAAUUGGGUAUCGUGCUAAGCGUCUUCGAAACCAUACCGAAGAGCGUAUCCAGUUCCAUUAUCGAGGAAUUCACAGCUCUGACAAUACUCAACAUGCCCAAGCUCGCCAGGAGCAUGCCAGGAUAUCCCGAGAACAUCGCUCGAAGAGAAGACAUGGAGAGGAGACCUCACUCACACCAUCUAUAACACAAAUCAUGAAUGCACAGGUUCAUCAGACACCUGCACAGUCAAUUGCAUCUCAAAGAUAUCCUACAAGCAGCCAUUCUUCUACGCCUACGCCUCGUCCACUUAUUAUAUGUUAUUUCCGAUGUUUCCAGUGCGAAGCCUUACGUUCAAACAAUGACUGGUUUGACGAUAAUGAAGAUAUAUGCUUUUACUGUGCUGACAAUACAUCAUUUGAAGAGCAAAAUAAAUACUGCAUCUAUGGCAGUCAUCGAGUUCCGCGGCCUGCUUUCUGUGACGUAGCAGGUGUUGAGUCUGAUACAUGUCAUUUUUGUUUUAGUCGAGAUUCGACAUCAAUCCCUAGUCGCCAUCAUACGCCUAUUCAACUAUGUCCAGCGGUUAGACGUGGUCCUAUAUCUCAACUAGAUCUUUCUCCUCAUGUUGACACCGUUUCUAAUCCACAUCCUCUGCUAGAGCAGCAACCACGUCAAGGAAGCCAAAAUACUUCAUCAAAUGAAGCUCCAUUUGUUGAAGACCCUCCUUUAGAUAUGAGCUAUGAGAAUAUCCUUUCAAAACCUGCUUUACAUCUGGAUAAUUGGGAAUUGGUGGAAAAUUUUUACAACACACUGUAUAGCUUCGCACAGGAGGAAUGUGGACGGUGUCAAGAAAAAUGGUUUAAAAUGAAGCUUCGCGACGGUGUCUGGGAUAGAUGCAGAUGUGUUGACAGAGAUCAGAUGAUAUUUCUAUACUCUCCUGGAAAUAAUAUGGAUCCUAGUGAUGUCCCUACUUUUCUUCCUGAACUUACACAAACUGAAGAAAUGCUGAUUGCUCGUGUGCAUGUUCAUAUGCAGAUUCGACAAAUCCGAGGACAGCAAUACCGAUAUCAAGGCCAUAUUGUUAAUUUCCUUCGAGACACGCAACGCGUCUGUAAUCGAUUGCCAUUACUUCCACAGAAUCCUAACAUGGUUUUAUUACGUCCACAGAACGCAGAAACACAUGAACGACUUAAUCGCCAGUUCCGACGUGAUUUUAGAGUCAAGCGUGGAUAUAUUUAUGCGUGGUUGAGUUAUCUUAUAGCUGAUCAUCCCGGCUAUCGAGAUAUUCAAAUUAAUCAUGCCAAUCUUACUCAACUACCCGAAGAUGGCUCUGUCAUUGAUCAAAUAUUAACAGAAGAUGUUGCUAAUGAAUCCGUUGAUGAUGAUACCGAUAUUCUAGCCGAAGCAGAUAAUCCUGAGACCGUUGCAGUGCCAGAUAUGACAGUUUCUGAGUCCGAAGUUCAACAGCUGCGUCAACAACUCGUAACAGCGCAAAAUCCUCUUCAUCUUACCCUCCCCGAUCCACGGUCGACGCCGAUAUCUGAAUAUAAAACUACGUUGCCGCUUCUUUCACUCGCUUUGCCCACAUUAUUCCCUCAGGGAAAGGCCGAUUAUUCGAUUCCUCGUGAACGAACCGUCGAGUUCCAACAAUACGCACAACAUUUGAUGAAAUAUAAAGAUGGUCGUUUUGCCCGCCACCCACGAUUCCGAUUUAUUAUGUUCAAUACAAUGAUGAGGCAACGAGCUAAUGCUCAAGCCGGAUUUAUGGUCAAGAGAAGGUCAAAUCUUCCAAAUUGCACGGUGGACCAGCUAAGAGCCGCGUUUGAGGAGGAUUCAGAGGAAUCAAAUUCAAUCGUUAAUAGUAUUACUCGCAUGUCCAAUACUAUUCAAGGAACACGCUCAUAUUGGGCUUCAAGGCGAUCUGAUCUCAUUGCAUAUAACCAGAAUCUUGGUGCCUCACACCUCUUCUUCACCACCACUCCUGCAGAUUAUCAGUGGGAUGAUCUCCAGCGCCAAUUUCCCAACUACAAGCAGUGGAAGAACGGUGACGCUAUUGAGAGACGUGUCAUUGCGCGGGAAAACGUUGUCAAUAAUCCUCAUAUAUGCGCAUACUGGUUUUGGCUACGCCUAAAGACCUUUUUCAAGGAGAUUUUGGAGAGAAGUUUCAACCUAAAAGAUUACUACACCCGGUAUGAGUGGCAGAAACGGGGCUCAACUCACAGUCAUAUUUUAUUAUGGGUUAAAGAGGCACCUAAUUCUGAGAUUGAAGGCUUAGUCUCUGCGCAAAGAGCGCAAUAUCUUGAUUUUUGGUCAAGGCGUGUCUCUGCAAUGAAUCCUCAUCUACGUCAGCAAGAUGAAGUUAUUGAAGAAAUAUCAACCAUUCAAAUGCCACUGGAGCGACGUGUCAUCGAUUAUAUUGCUAAAUAUGCAACCAAGGCCGAGAAAAAGACGACAUCUUAUCGAGAUCUUAUUAAGCAGGUGCUUCCCAAUGUCAAUAGCCGCAAUCCAAUGAUAUCCAUGGCUACCAAAAUGAUCAACAAGUUGAUCGGAGAAAGAGAUUGGUCUGCGCAGGAGAUUUGUCAUAUGUUACUGGGAUUAGACCUAACAGAGGGUUCACGAACGGUUAUUAAUGUGAAUCUAUAUCCGGAGAACGAGCGUCAAACUCUAUACAUACAAGAUGGUCAAGAGCAGGGAUCCGAUGAUAUCAACUUUUUGACCUUCCUCAAGCAAGUUGACUUCCGGAAUGCCAAAAAUAUGCGCCAACUACAGGAUGACAAUCCUGACCGUGUUUUGAAAUACUUUCCACAGUAUAAACCAGGACAACAGCCAGAGGACUAUGCCCGGGUCAAGCUUAUGCUUCACCAUCCCUUCAAAAAUAUAUCAGAUCUCCUUAUUGAUCCUGAUAUGUGUGAGGUUUUUAAGAGUUAUACUGAGGCAUAUGAAUACUGCUGUCAAAAUCAUAUGGAUGAUCAUAAACCUGAUUAUUAUGAAGAAGCUCCACGACCCGAGGCUGAUCCAUUUGAUCCUCUACAAUCUCAAUCUGACGGGACGCAGGAUUCCUGGUUAGAUUUAGCGUUGCAGCUUCCAGGAAACAAUAAUAUCGAGCAAAUUGAGGACCCGGAUCGUCUCGGUCAUCGGGAUCUUGACAGAGCAUAUGAUUGGUUACCCCAUAUCGAAACAAUGGAUGGUUAUCGUACAGAUCAGCUACUCGUUAAUCUCGAUGGCAAGGCUGGGACUGGAAAGUCAUAUAUCAUCAAUUUACUAUCUACGACACUAGAAGCUGCGGCGCGUACAAGGGGCGCACCUCCUCCAAUUAUUCGAGCAGCUCCAACUGGAGUCGCUGCUUUCAAUAUAUCUGGUUAUACAUUACACUCAUUAUUUUGA